CGUCUUAGUCUGAGCACAUACCGGAGAUAGUCCAGAAAGCUAGACAUAUCUCCUGCUUCAUACUACACCAAGAAUAGAUAUAUCAGUUUAGAUUGUAAAAGCAGUAAUGGACAUAUUAGACAUCGGAUGUGAAAUAUUUAUGUUUAAAGUCUUAACUUUUGAAGAGGAAUAUAUAACUUGAAGGCCGUUGCGGCAUUUCAAGUUUCUCGUGAGGUCGGUUUUCAAUUAUUAAAAGAGGUGAGUCUAAAUUAUGCUAUAUCAUGAUGGAACAUUGAGACAGCGUGCUGUGAUUUUUUUAAAAUGUAGACUGUAUCGUGGCAUCACUGCUUUGGCGCAAACCAUACAUUCUCUUUAAAACCAUCUGAAGUCUAGCAUGGCAAGAUUAUUUUUCUGCAUCAUAUAAUUUUUAGAUACCUGUCAAUUUCCGCUUUGUUCACAUGAUGUGUCUGUUUUCUAAUAUAUGUGUGCAUAUAUGUGGUCAAAAUUCGUAAUAGGCGCCUACAGUUAUGUCAAAUAAUUUGACCUAUCAAGCUUCACAUAUCACUCAUGACCAACGUGUUUCUCUCUGUAAGAGAAGUUGGCUUCGUGGCUGUACAGUUUGGUUCACAGGUUUAAGUGGAGCGGGUAAAACUACUCUAGCCUUUGCACUAGAAAGUUAUCUAGUUAAACAAGGCAUAUCAGCUUAUGUACUGGACGGGGAUAAUAUUCGUUCAGGGUUGAAUAAAAACUUGGGAUUCAGUGAUGCAGAUCGUGUGGAAAAUAUUCGACGAGUUAGUGAAGUGGCCAAAUUAUUCGCGGAUGCCAAUAAUAUCUGUUUAACUAGUUUUAUUAGUCCAUUUGCAAGUGAUCGGGAAGCAGCUCGCCAACUACAUCUACAAAACAAGUUACCAUUUUUUGAAGUUUACCUUGCAACUCCAUUAGAAGUGUGUGAAAAACGAGAUGUAAAAGGCUUGUAUAAACGAGCACGUGCUGGUGAAAUAAGGAAUUUUACUGGUGUUUCAGCGGUCUAUGAAAAUCCAAACAAUCCUGAUUUAGUAUUAAACACUGAAUUGUAUUCAGUUCAAGAGUGUGUAUCAAAAUGCGUUGAAAUGUUGGUGGAAGGUGGAAUAAUACCUAACAAGUCUGAAGUGAAUCCAUUCGGUGGUCCAAUGCCUAAAGAAUUGUUUGUAUAUAAUCCUGAAGAAGUUAAACAGCUUAAAGAUGAAUGCUGUAGUAUGCCUCAUAUUAAUAUAACAGAAUUAGACUUACAAUGGAUACAAACACUGGCUGAAGGUUGGGCAACUCCAUUGAAAGGUUUUAUGCGUGAAGAAGAAUACUUACAAGUACUGUAUUUUGGUCAAUUACAAGUGAAAGAGGGUCAGGUUGCUACAAAUUUUUCAAUUCCAAUUGUGUUGGCUAUAUCAACUGAAGAUAAGGAAAAAUGUCAGGGAAAUGGUUCAUCAAUUGCUUUAGUAUAUAAAAAUAAUGUAAUAGCAGUGUUACAAGAGUGUGAAUUCUUUCCACAUCGUAAGGAAGAACGAUGUUGUCAUAUAUUUGGAACUAGUCAUUCAAAUCAUCCAAGUAUAAAGAUAAUUCAAUCAUCUGGUGAUUGGUUAGUUGGUGGUGACUUGAAAGUAUUUGAACGGAUUCGGUGGAAUGAUGGUCUGGAUCGAUAUCGUUUAACCCCGUGUGAACUGCAUUCAAAAUUGAUACAAAUGAAAGCUGAUUGUGUCUUUGCUUUUCAAUUGAGAAAUCCUGUACAUAAUGGUCAUGCUUUAUUAAUGACUGAAACUAGACAACAGCUAUUAGAAAAAUAUGGUUAUCAUAAUCCAGUCCUGUUGCUGCAUCCUCUUGGUGGUUGGACAAAAUUGGAUGAUGUACCACUGAAUAUACGUAUAGCACAACAUGAAGCCUGUCUAGAUGAAGGUGUUCUUGAUCGACAGACAACAUUGCUGGCAAUAUUUCCAUCACCAAUGUUAUAUGCUGGACCACGUGAAGUUCAAUGGCAUGCUCGUACUCGAUUGUUAGCUGGUGCACAGUUUUAUAUAGUUGGAAGAGAUCCAGCUGGUUUACCGCAUCCUGAUGGAUCAGGUAUUGAUUUAUAUGAUCCAACACAUGGUGCCAAAGUAUUAUCAAUGGCACCUGGACUAUCCGGUUUAAAGAUUAUUCCAUUUCGUGUUGCAGCCUAUGAUAAAUCCAUUGGCAAGAUGACAUUUUUCGAUGCAAAACGUGCUAGUGAUUUCAUCUUUAUAUCUGGUACUAAAAUGCGAACUCUGGCUCGUGAUGGAUUAAAUCCACCGGAUGGAUUUAUGGCGGCUAGUGCAUGGAAAGUGUUAGCUGAUUAUUAUCGUCAAUUAAAUAAAUAAAAGUACUACUGAAAUAGUAGUAUAGUAGUAGUAGUAGUACUAGUGGUGAUACUAACAAUAGAAGUGAUAAAAAUCUUUCAUCGUAUGUCUUCCUUCCUCUGGGAUGUAUGAGGACGCGGGCGCGUGCGUGUCUGUGAUUCAUCUCAGGCUCUUCAACUGUUGAUUUUGGUGGUGGGGGGGUGUUCUUGUUAUUAUUGCUAUUUUUAUUAUUUUCUAACACUACUUUACACCUUUUGUGUACUUCACAAUCAUGUUAGCAAAAUAUAUAUAUCAAGGCUUUGAAGUGAUCCUUUUGUGUAUAUUUGGAAAGAAUCUCCUCCAAUCAACCUUAUCAUCUAAUUUGUAUUUUUCUAACUUUUCAAUUAUUAGAAUUUUGCCAAUGGUCAUUAAUGAGAAAGUGGUGCAAUAUACACACUAAUCUUGACUAAUUUUUUCCAUCACAUGGUGUCUUGGUUUUUUUUACUCUUGAUUUUGCAAACUAAUAUAUAGAGAUUUUGUUUGAUUAGAUGGAGGAGUUCAUCAUGAGAUGACAUCAGUGAGAGAACCACUGAAAACUAACAGGGAGUACUGGACAGCUGUUUUGUCAGCUAAGUUUGCGACUCUUCAUCAGUACGCACCCACCCCACUGCCAGGAGUCGAAUCGAGAACCUCGUGGUUGCAAGGCAAGCUCGUAGGUUUUCUAAUGGUUCUCUACCGGACGUCAGCUCAUGAUGAACUCCAUCUAAUAUAUAUUGUGUGCCUCCUAUAUUUGUCUAACCAAUAGUGUAUGUGAUAUCGCUCUCUGUCUUUUCUACUGAUUAAUAAUUAUUUCAUUAUUUAUUUGUUAAUAUUUUUUACAUUUCUUCUGUGUGCCUGUGUGUGUGUGUGUCAAUGAUCACUACUCACAUAUCGUGAGUAGUAUUGGAUUCUUUAUUUAUGUAUGUUGACGUACACUAUUCUUUUUGGUUAUUUUAUAUAUAGUGAUGAAUAUGAACUCAUAUGUUGCGUCUUAAUUGGAAACACAUUCCUGACCAUCUUUUCUACUCUGUUUUUUAUAUGCCUAACUAUAAUUUUAAAUCAUCCUCGUCAUCAUCAUCAUGAUGUUUACUCCUAAAUGUGUAGAAUUUGUAUUCAAGUUGUGAUUUUAUUUAAUUUUUUUUUCUCUUCUUUUGACUUUCUAUUAAUUAUCGUCUGACUUUAUUUUCUGCUUUGGUUUAUUUGUUUGUUUGUUUUUUGUUUGAAUACAAGCUAUACACGUAGUAAAAAUUUCUUGA